CUGUAAUUUACUAAUCCCAUAAAAUUCAAUGCCGCCAACAUGUAUCGUGCGCGCUUGUCAAGAUACUUAAACAGAGGCAUCGCCUCUCCUGCGCGAGCAAGUGCUAGGUCAUUUCGACCAAUUCGACCACUUCAGAACCGGACAUUGGCUACGACUGUGGAUGUGCCAAGUGGGAAAGAACCGACAGACCUUGACCAGAUAUCAUACUUGCCAAAUGGAGUCCGCGUGGCAUCCGAGGCCCUCCCCGGAUCCUUCGCCGGUGUUGGCGUGUACAUCGAAGGCGGUUCGAGAUUCGAGAAUAAUUACUUAAGUGGAGUGAGUCACAUCGUUGAUCGGAUGGCCUUCCAGUCGACCGAGAACAAAAGCACGGAAGAGAUGCAGAGAAUGGUAGAGACUCUAGGGGGGAACGUACAAUGUGUUUCCUCCCGAGAGUCCAUCAUGUACCAAGCCGCCACCUUUAACUCUACUAUUCCGACAGCAACCGAACUUCUCGCCGACACGAUACAAAACCCACGACUUUCGGAAGAAGAAAUUGAAAGAGAACUAUUAACAGCUGAAUAUGAGAUUAGCGAGAUAUGGAAGAGACCAGACUUAAUCAUACCCGAGUUGGUACAUAUGGCCGCUUACAAGGGUAACACUCUCGGUAAUCCACUGUUAAUUCCGAGAGAACGCAUACCAGAAAUCAACAGUUCAGUUCUGCGCACAUAUAGAAACACCUUCUAUCGCCCAGAGAGGACUGUCGUGGCCUUUGCCGGUAUUCCGCACUCUGAAGCUGUGGAACUAGCAUCAACCUUCUUUGGAGGUAUGAAGGGAUCCGAACAGCCGAUCUUGUCACGAACGGGAUCAGAAACCUCUGUCAGCUCAUUACCAUCGGACAUAACUGAUGCCUCAUCUUCUUCAAUAUCAUCUACCACAUCUUCGUCUUCACAAUCAUCCGGCAUUAUGUCAAGGAUACCACUCUUCAAGAACCUCUCCACUUCCGCAAGCCUCAAUGCGUCCGUCUCUAACUCGGCUUUUGCGCCGACUGUGGAACAAAUCGCUAUGCCUUCACAUUAUACCGGUGGCUUCGUCUCACUUCCACCACAACCUCCAUCGCCCAACCCUCACCAACCCACACUUACAUAUAUCCACCUUGCCUUUGAAGGAUUACCCAUCGGAUCGGACGACAUCUACGCACUUGCAACGCUUAACACCCUCCUCGGUGGUGGCGGGUCCUUCUCUGCCGGCGGACCCGGGAAGGGAAUGUAUUCGAGACUGUACACCAACGUCCUAAAUCAGUACCAUUGGGUAGAGUCUUGCCAGGCCUUCAAUCAUUCUUACACCGAUUCCGGAUUGUUCGGUAUCGCAGCCCAGUGCCAGCCUGAGCGGACGUCAGACAUGCUUAAUGUCAUGUGUCAAGAGCUUAAGGCGCUCGCCUUAGAAACCGGGUUUGCGGGCCUAAAAGAGCAAGAAGUGAGCCGCGCCAAGAACCAGCUACGGUCCAGUCUCCUUAUGAACCUCGAGAGCCGAAUGAUCGAGUUGGAGGACUUGGGCAGACAGGUACAGGUGCACGGGCGUAAAAUACCGGUACAAGAGAUGUGCCGAAAGAUUGAAAAAUUAACGGUCAAGGACUUGCGCCGCGUGGCGAAGCUGGUCGUGGGAGGACUAGUACAAAACAAUGGUAAGGGGAGCGGUUCCCCUACUGUGGUAAUACAAGAGGUACAGGACCCUUUUAGGUCUUCGAGACAGGCAUCUUGGGAAGAAAUCCAGGACAGGAUAUUCAAAUGGGGUUUGGGUAGACGAUGAGUGGCAUAGAACCGGCCGUCUGGAUUUCUCCAUCUAACGGUAAAGGCGGCAAGGUAUUUGGCCAUAUGGUGGUAAUCCGUGAUCCUGGCGAUAUGACCUGCCGGAUUUCGACAUUUGGAUUACUCUACUCUAGAUGCUAGAUGAUGUACAAAGGUGUAUAAUACUAACGACAUGCAUGGGAUCAUGUAUUUACAUGAAUAGACCUACGAUCCUUACAAUCGCCGCGUAAGCUUUUGGUGUCGAAUGCGAAAUCGUGGAUUCACUGUCUUACGCCGGGGAUCGACCCGAUCGGGUAUAUUAGCAAGAAACGGAAAUGGAUCUUGUAGGGAGGUAAGACGGGACGCCUCAU